CUGGGACCUUGAGGACGCGCUCGCCAACCAACAUAUCUGAUCCCAAGAGUAGAUAAGAAUCAAAACGGACAGUUCGUACCUUUUUAGGUGGGAUAUAAGUGCUCUUCAAGGGGUUUCUUUUAAUCCGUUCACUGACAUUUUGACGAACUAUGUGAAAACAUUUAAGAACUAUUUUUUAUAAUUCUUCUAUAGCUUCCGACUGAUUACAAAGUGAAUCAUCAUGGAGUCGUCUAUGCAUGAUGGCCAGAGUAACUUGACUUGGACCGUGUGUUCUAAAUGGAGAGAAAAUCCAGAAGGAUCCACAUUUCAUCUGGCCCACAUUUUAUUAUUUCUGGCUUUCAUGGGAGGGAGCGGUUUCUAUGGAUUGUUGUAUAUGUUCACCUUCCUGUCGAUUGGAUUCUUUUGCUCCACAAUCUGGGCAUGGUCGGACGCCUGCACGACGGACACCUUCUCCUGGACUUUUGCACUGUUUGUAGUGUCCGUGGCUCAAGUUGUGCAUGUUUCGUAUCGCCUCCGGAGUGUCACGUUCGACAACGAAUUUCAGGAUUUGUACCACUUUAUGUUCAAGAAACUGGGCGUGUCGCUCACUCAGUAUGGUAAAAUCGUAUCUUGUUGUGAAGGGGAUAUUCAUACUAUUGAAAAGGACCAUUAUUUCGCAAUGGAAGGUAAAACUGCCAUCGACAAACUAUCCGUUCUGUUGUCUGGCAGGAUUCGGGUGACGGUAAACGGAGAGUUCCUGCACUACAUCUACCCCUUCCAGUUCCUUGAUUCACCCGAGUGGGAUUCCCUCAGACCUUCCGAGGAGGGAGUGUUUCAGGUGACGCUGCGAGCUGACAACUGCUGCAAGUAUGUGGCCUGGAGACGGAAGAAACUGUAUCUCCUCUUUGCCAAGCAUCGGUACAUAGCGAAGAUCUUUGCUCUGCUUGUUCGGAAUGAUAUAGCAGACAAGCUCUACUCGCUUAACGAUAAAGCAUUCGACAGCCACGGGUUCCGAUAUGAUCUCCGGUUACCAAGUUUCUGUCACGUGCCCGUGCCCGAAUUAGAAAAGACAGAUGCACCGGCCCAAGUCCCGGAGAAGAGUGGAGGAACCAUGCCCAAUGAAAGUGUCCCGUGAUCCUCCACAGAGGACAGUUCUACUUUUCUUGUUUUGAUGAGAUUGUAUUGCACACUGCAUUGUCUUGAUUGCGCCAAAUGCCAUUGUAAAAACCGUACCGCACCGGCAUAAUCUGUUCAAAACAAAGGGCACAAGUGUUACUUCAGUCGAACACAAAAUAAGGCUGCUGGACAAAGCCCUACUACCCUGUUGGCAUAUAUUAUGAUAUUGUUGAUGUGACAAGUACAGUAGUCUGAUGUUCUCACCACACCUGUGCCAAAGACCGCAGCCUUAAAACAGCCAAGCGGAUAUAUUCAGGAUUAUGCAUGUCAUUGUAUCACAUUGUUUGUUGUAGAGAUACCACCUCUCCACAAAGCAUGGUCUUAUUCGAGCACUCAACAGCUAAUAGUUGGCAAGGGGCUACCAGGUGACUUCCGUCCGGCUGUGGUGACGAGGGUGGCCUCGCCUCUGCGUCGCUGGCCGCGGUGCUGAUCCGACAGCGCACACAAUUCCGACAACAAUUGGAGACAGACAGGUGCCAAACGAGGAAGUAAAAGACGGCACCCCAGACUACAUGCUGUGGACAGGGGCAUCCAGAGUGACCACCAGAUUUUGUCGGAUUCGAAAAUCUAAACGAAUAAACCAUCCAGAUGUCCAACGUGCUCAACAAUGUACUGAGUGCAUGUCUGGUCUGUUAUUUAUUUUAUACAGUCUAUGGUUUUGACAGACAAGAACAAGUGUAGGUUGCUAUUGUAAAUGCAAAAGUAGGCGAAGCUUCACUGGAAUGCCAAACGUGUUGUGGGGAGGAGGGGGGUGUCAACAAGAUGUCAACAAAGUGUACAACUGUAAUAAAGAAACACAGU